AUGUCUGAUUCAAACAAAAACGUCGCAUCUUUGAUUAUUGACUUUUUAGCCAAUGUUGUGGAACAAAAGUCUGUAUCACAGGAUGCUGCUGACUCUUUAAAUGUAGCGAUUGAUUGUAUAUCGGAAGCUUUUGAGGUUAACAAGGAUGCUUCUAAGUCAGAAUUUGGUGGAAAGAGUUUAGUUGAACUGUUAGAAUCGGCAUCAUCCGUCAAUGUUCGCGGUGGAUCAACAACGCAAGGGGAAAGCGUUGAGGUUAAUAUACCACAGGAAGAUGCUGAGACAAAGGCUGAAGCUGAGGCUCUUAAGUUGAAGGGCAACAAGGCCAUGGCUAGCAAAGACUAUGAACUCGCUAUCAAAAACUAUACUGAUGCUAUCAAGAUUUUGCCAACGAAUGCCGUUUAUUAUGCAAAUAGGGCUGCAGCAUAUUCUUCGUUGAAGGACUUUGAGAAUGCUAUUGAGGAUGCCCAAUCUGCCAUCAAAGCAGAUCCUUCAUACUCAAAGGGUUAUUCAAGGUUAGGUUAUGCUACCUUUGCUCUUGGACGAGCAGAGGAGGCUUCAGAGGCUUACAAGAAAGUGCUAGAUAUUGAGGGUGAAAAAGCCAGUGACGUAAUGAAAAGGGAUUAUGAAACUGCUAAGAAGAAAGUUGAGCAAUCGUUAGAUUUAGAAAAAUCAACCGAAAAGAACACUAGAUCAGCACAAAAUGAAUCUGGUUCGGCUCCCGGCGGAUUUGGUGAUUUCGCAUCAAUGUUGGGAGGCGGUCUGGGUGGCCUUUUGAACAAUCCUCAAUUGAUGCAGGCAGCUCAGCAAAUGAUGCAAAACCCACAAGCUAUGCAGCAAAUGGAAAGCAUGAUGCAAAAUCCUGGUAUCAAGAAGAUGGCUGAGGGUUUCGCUAAUGGCCAGGGAGCACCAAGCAUGGCCGAUUUAAUGAGUAAUCCUGCCCUAAGAGAGAUGGCAGGCGGCUUGUUUGGAGGAGCUGGAGCUGGAGCUGGAGCUGGAGCGGGAGCUGGAGCUGGAUCCGAUGUUACCAAGACCGAGGGUCCUAAUUAG